AGGCGGGGGAGGGCGAGGCACCAAAAACCCUAAAAGGCGUCUUCUACACGAAUCUGAGAGAGUCUCUCCUGCAACGUUCAGAGCCCGGUACAGAGCAAAGGAAGAGGAAGGCAAUUAAAGAUGGCUGAUGGGGGAGUAUCGUUGUUUUUGGUUGCUACUUUUGGUGGUGGGCCAUAUUGUGCUGCAAUUUAUGAAAUCAAAUUUGGAGUAGGAGGAAAAAUUGGUUCUAAAAUUGCAAGAGUUAGUCCUGUGCAGAAAGCGUUUCGUUGCUUAGAUGAAGAAAGAGUAUAUUCACCGGUUGGUUGUGAUAUCUUAGGAUCGAACAUGGUCUUGAUGGCUUCACAUUGGGAUAUGCAUGACAGGUUUUUGCAGCUUAAACCCAUUCGUUUCAAUACAAAUACCAAAGAAGUUUUCGAAUUGCCGUGGCCAAAAGCACCAAAACCUUAUCCCCUAGUGAUGGCUGACCCUGCUGGUUGGUUUGUGCUUGCUGGGGGUACUUUGUAUUCGUCCUACGAAAUACGCUCUCCGUGUUUCGAAAGUUUACUUCCUACUCUUGUUCCUCCUCCUUGGUAUAGCGAACUACCUGAGUAUCCAAUGGACAGAAAAUUACCCAGAAUUAUCUCUGGCUACGCAGUCAUUUACUACAGUUUUCUCAUUUCAGUCCAUGAUUUUAUUCAUGGUAACUCAGAAUUCUAUUAUUACACGGUCGGAAGUAAAAUGAAGAACUGGCAGGUCGUCAAGAAGGAAAAGGAGAAUGGGUUAUAUUACUUGAUGGUAGGAAAGGCUGAAUAUGUUGAUGGUUAUUUGUACACUUUCGGAUGUAAUUAUAACUUGAUUGCAUAUCAAGUCGUUCAGAAUGAUGGAAUCAUUCAAUCUAUUGGUGUUCCAGUGUAUUUUAGAGGAUUGGACUUUAAAGAUCUACCAGUGGAUUGUGCUUCCACAUUCUCUGGUUGCUUUGUUCAUUUGAGAAACAAAAUAUUUUGUAUGAUGAAGACUGGUUUCAAUGUUGACCCCUCUAACUUUCAAUAUGUUUCCAUCUUGAUUGUCCAAGUUUCUGAUGACAUGGAGCUUUCAACAUUGUGGUCAGGUCGCUGCGCCUUGAAUAUAGAAAACCUCGCUCCGGCAAAUUUAACAUCACUUUGUGUGGACUCCCAGCGUAUAUAUGCCUACGAGUCUGAAAUCUGGACAAGAGGUCCUAAUGUUCAGGGUGAGCAGUUUGAGGAUCUUGAUGUUGACAUGCAUAUGCAGCCAGUGAACACUGAUCCAUCAAAGCUGGAGUCAGUACCUGAGGUUCAGUUGGUGGAUGGUUUCUUGCUACUGUUGGGUCUUGAAAAUUAUUCAACGAUAUUCAAAUAUGAGGAAAUUGAUAUGGCCACUCUGGUACGCCUAACUGAUGAUGAUCUCGAGGCUUUAGGAUUACCAGAGGGUCCAAGAAAGAAGAUACUUUUGGCAUUGGAGACUGAAGGCUUUCUUUCAUCGUCAAAUAUCAAAAUUGCCCCAAAAAACAAUGUGGCUUGAUUUUUGACUUGGAGGGUUGAAGUUUUGGUGAAAAUUCCUGCAUCACAUCUAGAAGUAGAAGCAGACUAUUUGGCAUCGUGGAUUGAUGGUUGGAUUUUUUUUGUAUCAAUGCUUUUAUUUAUAUUUUUAUUUUCUUUUCCACCAUGUUGAAAAAUGGGUAAAAAAAUGUUAAUGAUACCAUCUUUCACAAGAUAUGUUGAAUUAUAGUGGUACUAUUUACAUAUAUAUAUAUAUAUAUAUGACUUUAAAAUUAA